CGUUUCUUCCGCUUCCUCUCUCCCUCACUCUCUCUUCCUCCUCGGCUCCCCGCUUCGAGUACUUUCCAUUCCGCUGACAUAUCUUGCGAAAAUUUCUGGCUGGGCGUGUGACUUGCUCUCGAUAUCUGCAGAUUUAUCAUUCAGCGCGACUUGAUAUCUGCUUGAAUUUCUCACUGUUUUCAACGUCCUCAUCGCGUUGCUCGAUCUAUCUUGAAUCACCAUGUCUCGCCAUCACCCCGAUCUCGUCAUGUGCCGCAAGCAGCCGGGCAUCUCUAUCGGCCGCCUGUGCGACAAGUGUGACGGCAAAUGUCCCGUGUGCGAUUCCUACGUGCGUCCUACGACCUUGGUUCGGAUUUGCGACGAGUGCUCCUUCGGAAACUACCAGAAUAAGUGCAUUGUGUGUGGUGGGGAGGGGAUCAGUGACGCCUUUUAUUGCUUCGAGUGUACGCGUCUAGAGAAGGAUCGGGAUGGGUGUCCGAAGAUUAUAAACUUGGGAAGUUCGAGGACCGAUUUAUUCUACCAAAAGAAAAGUUUUCGAAAUCAUUGACACCGUCGUGUACUUUGUUCGCCACGCGUUGGCUCUGUGCGCUCGGGCUCAUGGCGAGAACAACUACCCUGCAUCUUACGGUACUGGCUCUAAAGAGAGCCCUACGAGUUACGGGGUGGGGCGGGCGAAUAUGAACGGAUGUUGCAGCUACAAGAAAAAGAAUGGUACCAGCGGAGUUCGGCCAUAGGUGCCCAGGGCUAUAUACUGUCGAUGUCAUAGAGCGAGAUAUACAGAGGUU